UUCCUCCUUCCCCAAGUUUUCAAAGCAUUUGGAUUGUCGAUAUUCAGGUUUUCGAAUAAGUUCAUCGAUCGAUCUAAUAGCUCCUUCAAUUCGAUUCACACAACCAUUUUCUUGUUUUUUGAUUGAUUUAAUUGCUAAAAACCCCCUCCCAAAUUAGGGGAGGAUAGGAUGGGCGGCGGAGGCGGUGAUGGUGCUGGUGCUGGUGCUGUGACCGAAGGUAUUGAAUCCAACAAGGCUGAAGGUGGUGAAACCGUUACCGUUAACGUACGGUGUUCAAACGGCACGAAAUUCUCCGUUCAGGUGACCCUUGAGUCGUCGGUUGAGUCGUUCAAGUCUGUUCUGGAACAGAACUGUGACAUCCCCGCGGCACAACAACGAUUGAUUUAUAAAGGCCGUAUUCUCAAGGACGAUCAGACUCUUAAGAGCUACGGUUUGGAGGCUGAGCACACUGUUCACCUAGUACGUGGUUUUGUGCCUGCUACAUCCACUCCAGCAGGUGUUACCCCUACCAGAGCAAAUACUACUACUCCUGUUGCAAGGGAAGUUGGCUCGGUUGAAGGGGGGGCAAUAGGUGCUGGGAUUGGUGCUUCACCAUUUCCUGGACUUGGUUUGAGUGGUUUGGGAGGCAAUGGUGGCAUGUUUGGAGCUGGACUUCCAGAAUUGGAACAAAUGCAGCAACAGUUGACUCAGAACCCCAACAUGAUGCGAGAAAUCAUGGAUCUGCCUCUUGUUCAGAAUUUAUUGAACAACCCAGAUGUUAUGCGUAACAUGAUGAUGAAUAAUCCCCAAAUGCGUGAAAUCAUUGAUAGGAAUCCAGAGCUUGCUCAUAUGCUAAAUGAUCCUGCAAUCCUCCGUCAAACAAUGGAGGCUGCAAGAAAUCCUGAACUCAUGCGUGAAAUGAUGCGUAACACAGACAGAGCAAUGAGUAAUAUUGAAUCUUCUCCUGAAGGAUUUAACAUGCUUAGGCGGAUGUAUGAAAAUGUCCAGGAGCCUUUUCUGAAUGCAACCACAAUGGGAGGUGGUGAUACAAGGAAUGAAUUGAACUCAAAUCCGUUUGCAGCUCUUUUGGGUGCCCAGGGGGGGCCAGUCCGUGAACAGGUGGCUAACCCUACAACCACUGGUGUCGAGGCAACUACUGGUUCUCCUGCUCCAAAUACCAAUCCACUUCCCAAUCCUUGGACUGCUGGUGGUGCUGGAGCUAACCAAACAAAUGCCAGUGCAACAAAUCCUGCUGGGACUGGUAGGUCCCCACCAGUUGGUGGUUUAGGAGGACUUGGUGCUCCAGGUCUUGAGGGAUUGUUUGGUACCACUCCUGAUCCCAAUUCAAUGAGCCAGCUUAUGCAAAAUCCAGCUAUUUCACAGAUGAUGCAAAGUCUCCUUUCAAACCCACAAUAUAUGAACCAGAUACUUGGUCUCAAUCCACAGAUGCGAAACAUGCUUGAAUCGAACCCCCAAUUAAGAGAGAUGAUGCAAAAUCCCGACUUCGUUCGCCAAUUAACUUCUCCAGAGACUAUGCAGCAAAUGAUGACACUGCAGCAAUCUCUAUUCUCUCAACUUGGUCGGCAACCACCCACCCGGGAGGCAGGUCAAACUGGUGCAGGGACAGGUGCCCCUGACAUGGGAUUGGAUAUGCUUAUGAACAUGUUUGGCGGGCUUGGAGCUGGCGGCUUUGCAACACCUAACAAUUCAAACGUUCCCCCGGAAGAACUGUAUGCUACACAACUCGCACAACUACAAGAAAUGGGGUUCUUUGAUACUCGCGAGAAUCUUCAAGCGCUGACAGCCACCGCAGGUAAUGUUCAUGCCGCGGUUGAGCGGUUAUUGGGAAAUCUUGGUCACUAGAAUUCGUGAGCCGUUACAUAUAUAUAAGAUAUAUACAUAUAUAUAUAUAUAUAUAUACACCAGUGGGUAACGUAAAGACAUGGGAAACUGGUCUGUUUGGAUCGGAGGUUGCAUCGGGUGACGUUCUUUAAUUUAAGAUUCGGUGCAUGAAUGCUUUUUCUGGUUGAUUUUGGAAAUUGCCUUCUUCCCUGUUUUCCUAAAAUUGUAAUUCGUAAACAUGAAUAAUUAUGUAAGUAGAUUUGUUGUUGCUCCUGCAUUUCACUUGAUCCUUUCG